GGUCCUUCGGUUUGAGGUUAUGAGAGGUUGCUGUGGCAUUGCAGUGUCUCCUUCACUUCGCCCUCCAGCUGGAGAGAUUUACUGUGGCGGUGCGGCGCCAGUUGCAGCCGGAAAAUAAAGCAUACGUUGUAGUUUACCUCUCAAUUUUUGACAGAUAGAAUGGCUGUACCUCCGACAUAUGGUGACCUCGGCAAAUCUGCCAAGGACAUCUUCAACAAGGGAUAUGGUUUUGGGUUGGUGAAACUUGACGUGAAGACAAAGUCUGCUAGCGGUGUGGAAUUCAAAACUUCUGGUUCCUCCAACACUGACACCAGCAAAGUCAAUGGGAGCCUGGAAACCAAAUACAAGUGGUCAGAAUACGGCCUGACCUUUACAGAGAAGUGGAACACUGACAACACUCUCGGAACAGAAAUCACCAUCGAAGACCAGAUUGCCAAAGGUUUGAAGCUGACGUUUGACACAACUUUCUCGCCAAACACUGGCAAGAAGAGUGGCAAGGUCAAGACCGCCUACAAGCGUGAAUACGUCAACCUGGGCUGUGAUGUUGACUUUGACUUCGCUGGGCCCACCAUUCACGGGGCGGCCGUCGCUGGUUACGAAGGGUGGCUUGCUGGUUACCAAAUGUCCUUCGACACCGCCAAAUCCAAAAUGACCCAGAACAACUUCGCAGUUGGAUACAAGACUGGGGACUUCCAGCUGCACACCAACGUCAACGACGGGUCUGAGUUCGGAGGGUCUAUUUACCAGAAAGUGAGCGACAAACUGGAGACGGCCGUCAACCUGGCGUGGACCGCGGGGAGCAACAGCACCCGCUUCGGCAUCGCGGCCAAGUACCAGCUGGACUCCAGCGCUUCCAUUUCAGCUAAAGUGAAUAACACCAGUCUGAUUGGAGUUGGCUACAGUCAGACCCUGCGACCAGGUGUGAAGCUCAUCUUGUCGGCUUUGGUUGAUGGGAAGAGCAUCAAUGCCGGUGGCCACAAGCUGGGACUGGGUUUGGAGCUGGAGGCCUAAGGCCCUUCCCUGUAGAGUCAGAGAUGAGGGAACAUCAGAAGAAUUUGGCCUUAAAUGUUAUUUCCAACUCAACCAGCAGGGGAUUUCUCAAAGGGAUGCGUUUGAAGCAACAAGAUACCCGAUCCUGUAAUGAUACUAGAUGGUUGCCGGCCAGCUGGUGUCCAUUCAUUUUGGUUUGUAGUUAUUGAUGAUGCUUGUAGUAGGUCAGUUAUUUAUACAUUUCGAUGUAUCCAAAACUCUGUGCGCUGCCAUCAAUGAAAUACACCAUUCUCUCAAAAGUGGACGUUUGUGAAUGUUUCGCUUUUCAUUUCCAAUGUGUGGUCGGUCAGACGUAAAAUGGUGGUCAUGGCAUGGGGCGUGGCUGCUCUCCUGGCUUCACUGCGGUGUUGUUAAUAACACGAUAUUCCUGAGUUCUCUGACCUGCAGAAUGUAAAACUCCACCAAUGUUAUCGAUACUCCAGCGAGCACCUUUUUAUUUAAAUAUUGUUGUACCUCCAUUUCUCUUUCACACAUAGGACACGCUUUUGCGAUUUCAGCCUGUACGCUUCGCCAGCCAUCGGUGACUACUUGAAAGUAAAAGUGAGCGAGAACCUAAACGCGAAGGCCACCCUUAAGCUGAGCAGUUUUUGGGUGGUCGCUGUCUUGAGGGGUAGCUUACCUGCUGUGACAACCAGUCAGUUGGAGACCAGCGUAUGUGGUGAGAGUGACCUGCGUUUAGUUUCUACCUUGGGUGAAAAACUUGUAAUGAAGUUGUGCAGUACUGCCAAAAUUGACUUUAUAGAUUUGUUUCAGACGGAAUUCAGUACUUAAAGCUGUCAGUGCCCCCCACCAUGUUAUUGACUGGCCAUCGAGAAACCGCAGAAGUCCUCUUGUGUAUGUUGAACUUUUCAAUAAAGUCUUUGAACUCCAGAAA